CUUUCAUCCCCAGUCUGUCGUCCAACCUCGAUGAUCAAGCCACAUGCAUUAGACACAUGUAUGGAGAACUCCAACUCCACCGACACACGGUCUGAUAUCAGCGAAACCCGUAUAAAUGAGGUGGCAGACACUCACCCGGCCUUUUCGCCCCCACCAUAUUGGCAUCACAACAGGAAUGCUUCAUAUUCAAGCGAGUUUUCGGAGCGUCCGCUUCCCAUCAUCCUCGAAGAUCACACACUAUCUCGAGAAGCCAGUAGAGCGGCGUUAUGGGCCAAGUCCAUUAGCAUCGACGACUAUGUUAUUGUACAGGGCACCACAGGCAUCGGGUCGUAUGUUGUUUGGAAUUGUAAAGUCCAGACACUGGACGGCGGGCCCAUGGUUAUUCGGAAACGAUAUUCAGAGUUUGACGAGCUCAGAUCUAGGCUGAUCAAAGCAUUUCCUCAUUCUACAAAGUCUUCUCUACCUCCACUACCACCAAAAAGCGCAAUCUAUAAAUUUCGCCCCAAGUUCCUGGAAAAACGACGUCAGGGACUGGCUUAUUUCCUGAAUUGUGUCAUGCUGAACCCGGAAUACGCUGGUUCUGUAAUAGUCAAGGACUUUAUCUUUCCACCCGAGACAUAGGACAUGACCUUGCAGUUCUACACGGAGAGUUGAAAAAUCAAUGUCCACCCGGGCCGCGCACGAUCAACAAUGGCACCAUGAACUGACAGCAUGAUCUUCUUCAACUCUUCUGGGCAUCAUGUCCCCAAUUCUUCAACGAUCGAUAAGAGUUGCUAUUGGUGUCUUGUUUGGCCUUCUCCUCUUGCGCCAGAUGACGCUUGUUGUAUGCAGCGACUCGGCGCAUGUGCUGGAGGUCAUCCUUGUCAUACUUGGAUGGGUCCUUCUUAGGAUUCUUUUUCAGUAUCUCAAUGAUUUUCCUGCCACUUUGCGGAAAUCAGCAAUCCAGGAAAUUACUAGGCCGUCAUUGGGCCAAGAUCGAAGCACAAGUACGGGAGGAAUGUUUCGCCGAUUUAGACAGAUCAGGUCUGUCUUACCUUUCGUGGCCAACGCUUUCGCCUGAGCCAUCAUCCUUCGACCAGCCGGAUUUUUGGGAAUGACUACCUUGCAACCACUUUUCGAGCUCUUCCGCAGACAUAUUCACCGUAUUAUUGAAAUCUCUGUAUUCCGUUAGGGUGGAUGAAUCCCGGUGCUCCAAUCCUUACUUGAUCACAUCCUCAUCGCUUUUGCCCAUUUUGUCCUCAGCGGUGGUGAAGGUGUUGCAACAAUUGAGCGUCGUGGUUCUUGAUCGCACGAUAUAAUGUCUCAAUAUCUAAUGUAAUGAAUCGACGGUGCGAAGCUGAUACUGACCUGCUGCACUUGGACUUGGUUGGUUACGUCAUGACCUUUGAGGAUUGACAUGGAUGCCUUUCAGAUGUUCACGUCAGAGCCACACAUUGUUACGGACCGACUUUCGAUUUUGACUUGCUGUCACUUCGGAUGUGCCAUGUUACAAGGCUGAGAUAGUGCAUACCUAGG